AUGGCCCCUAGCGCUUCCGGCGCAGGCUUCGCCAAAUACUUCCCUGCCGCCCCCCGCGCAGCACGGGAGAAGGCCGCGGAGAGAGAACGAGCCAAAUCCAGGGCCUCGGACACUGCUGCCGACCGCGAUGCGCCAUCGUCCGCCUCGACGCCCGCGCCCUCGUCGUCGUCGUCGGCGGCUCGCCGCGAUGCCAUCAAGCCCGACCCCUCGUCGUCCUCUGAUGCCGCGCAUCUCCCGACUGAUGACAACGAGUCCCUGCCGGGAGACAUCCUCAAUGGAGUUGGCUCGGCAAGCUCUCAUGCCAGCACGGCCUCGUCCGUUUUCAGCACCGGCUCAGCGGUGAACGCUUCGUCACAUGCCUCCAACAGCCAUCUCACCCCCCUUACCAACGCAGGCUCCCCCACAAAUAUACAGUCCUCCAAAACCGCCGCCACCGCCGCCAGGCCGUCCCAGGAUGGCAGGAGACACAUUGACUCGACAUCCGCUCCCCUUUCGGACUCCUCCAUGUCGCGGCGGACUAAUGCUCCCAACCGCAUCCCAGCCCGCGACCCGGCUCGCCAGAUAAAAGGAACAAGGUGCACACACGAUCCCUUACUUGACAAGAAACUAUCUUCGACCGAGAGGAAGACGGCGAAGCCAACAUACAAGCCCUUCGGUGCGGAAGAUGACGUCCCCCCGCCAGACCCGCGACUAGCUAGAGGAAAUCGGCUUGAUUAUAUCAACGUCGAUUUCCACCUGCCCAAGGGCAGAUUACGCCAGACCCCGUACAACCUCAAGCCCUAUGUGUAUGAUCCAGCCACUUCCAUAGGCCCUGGGCCCCCGACCCAGAUCGUAGUCAGCGGCUUCGACCCGUUAAUUGCCUUUUCCAAAGUCGCUACCGUCUUCAGCAAUUUUGGAGAGAUCGCCGAGAGUAGUAACAAGAUGCACCCCGAGACUGGGAGUUUCCUUGGCUUUGCGACGUUUCGUUUCCGGGAUUCGAAGCCACACCCCGGCCGCCGUGGUCUUGCUGUAUCUGCCAGCGACGCCGCCAAGAGAGCAGUUCGGGCGAUGAACGGGCGCAAGCUCGAGGCACACCAGAUCAAAGUGGAUUUUGACCGCGACGGCAAGAAGAGCCGGCUGAUGCUGGAGGAUGUCGUGAAGAAGGCAGAGGAGGAAGCCCGUCGAGAGCGCGAGGCUCAGGCCGCGAGAAUCUCUGGCGUGCCCACCGCGCCCAGACCGAGAGCAACUGAGGGCUUUGCACGACCGCCGCCGACAGCACCGCGAGGGCCAGCCGCCCAGCGACCCCCGGUGCCUGCCUCUGACCCGAGCUCACCCUUUGGCACACCCUCGGCCACCCCCUCGAGGCCACGAGCGUUCCUAAUAGAGCCACAGAGCGUCGCAGCGGCUUUGAAGACCGAGCCAUAUAUCUUUGUCCCAGAUAGCAGCGUCCCUGUCAUGCCGACCACCAUCUCCCACAUGAAGAAGCGCCUAAAGUCCUUCCUCAUUGAGGAGGUGCGAGCCGAUCGGUUGGGAUACUACAUCGUGUUUGCCAACAGCACUCUUGGUCGCGAGGAGGCAUACAGGUGCUUCAGGUCUGCAGAUGGCAGUGCCUUCUUCACCUAUACCAUGCACAUGACCCUUGUGAACGGUACCGCGCCGACCAACCGCUCCCUGAGAACCGCCGAGGCUGCCAAGAAGCCCGAGCCUGAAAGACGACCGCCGGCGCCAGAGGCCCGGCCUCGGAACGAGCGAGACCAUCGCCGACGCGACGAGGAGGCAGUCCUCAAGGAAGAGAAGGAACAACGUGCCAAGGACUUCGAUCCUGUUAUAGAAGCUGUAGCCAUUGUGCGCCGGGAGAUGAAGGAGCACUUGAUCAGACACAUCCGAACCAAGGUCGCUGCUCCGGCUCUGCACGAAUUCUUGGACCCUAAUAACCACGCGUCAAAACGGCGCAAGUUGAAUCUCGAGGUCCCAGCUCCAACGGCGAGCCGCUCCUUCAGCGCCAGCCGGGCAGUGGAAGAUAGCGACACCACCCCGGUGGGCACCCCGAACUCGCGCGCAGACCCCAUCGAACGGCGCACUGCCCGCCUUGAUGUAACGGCUCUGCCCCGUAUUAGAAAGGCGAAGGGCCAAAGUGCAGCACAGCGCAGCCAUGCAUUCACAGAUCCUUUCGCCCGUCGACGACCGGUGGCGGUUCGCAAUGCAUUCCGAGGUCUGCAUCACCGCCUAGCGCCAGACAGCGAUGAUGACGCCUCGGAAGACGAGAGGGAGGUCCGCGAUUCUAUCGCUCGGGACACCGAGGAACCUGAAUCUCGCCCACGCAGCCGCAUGAGCACUGACGAGGACGCCUUUAAGGAUGGGUACGGCGACGACGACUCAGAGGCCAGCUUUCCUGCGAGCGACGUCCUGUCGAGACCAAAGAAGAGGAAAUUGGACCUUCAAGUCGAGGCUGCCAUCAAAAGGCAGAAGAAGACGGACGAGGAGCUCUUUGGGGUUACUAUUGGUACCCUGGAGACAGAUUUCCCAGGCACAGACGAUGUCGAGGAUAUUGUCAUCGCUGAUGCCGAUGCCGAGGACGAAAAGACGCCUGAUCCCUCUCAGGUACCGACUGACAGCGAAUUGAAGAGCAAGAAAAGAUCACUCCUGUCCAAGUCCAAGAAGAAGUCCAAGAAACAAAUCUUCGAGGAGCGCGAAGUACUCAAGAAACAGCAGUCCGAGGCCUACAUUGAAGAGGUGCUGGAGCAGACUGAGAAGGAGGAAACGGCUGAGCCUGAGGAGCUGCCGAAGCAGGAGAUAGUCCCGCCCAGUAUUGAGGAGCCCAGCGAGCCGCCCGCCAGGGAUGGCCGCUUUUCCGAGACUGUGGUGGCAGCUAUGGAACUGCCUGCUGGCUUUAAGUUUGGGACCAAGUCUUUGCAAUCUCUCCUUCUCGAAGAAAAUGACCAGCCUGAUCUCGCCAAGCUCAAGAAGAGGUUCAAGGUUGCAAAUGUCGGAGACCCUCGGCUCUGGUCAUGGCGGCAUGACCGUGUACGCGACCUCAAUGCACCUGGUGCUGAGCCACAUAAACCACUGGUCAUCGAAGGCUAUUACGUGCCAAAUUCCACCGGCUCGGCUCGGACGGAGGGUGUCAAGAAGAUACUCAACUCGGAAAAAUCCAAGUACUUGCCGCACCACCUCAAGGUCCGGAAGGCUAGGGAAGAGCGUCAAGCACGCGACGCGAAGAAGGACGGCAAGGAUACCGUUGCGGCCGCCGCAGAGGCUGCCAGACUGGCUGCCGAGAAACUCUUGGCCAAGGGCAACUCGCGAGCGAACCGUGUCAACAACCGACGUUUCGUUGCCGACCUCAACGACCAAAAGCGUACUCUAGGACAAGACUCUGACGUUCUUCGGUUCAACCAGCUUAAGAAGCGCAAGAAGCCCGUCAAGUUUGCGCGUUCCGCCAUUCACAACUGGGGCCUCUAUGCUAUGGAGAACAUCAACAAGGACGACAUGAUCAUCGAGUACGUGGGCGAGGAGGUCCGUCAGCAGAUUGCCGAGCUGCGCGAGAACCGAUACCUCAAGAGUGGCAUCGGCAGCAGUUAUCUGUUCCGAAUCGACGAGAACACAGUCAUCGAUGCUACCAAGAAAGGUGGCAUCGCUCGGUUCAUCAACCACAGUUGCAUGCCGAACUGUACAGCAAAGAUCAUCAAGGUGGAGGGAAGCAAGCGUAUCGUCAUCUAUGCUCUGCGGGAUAUCGCUCAGAACGAGGAGUUGACCUACGACUACAAGUUCGAGCGUGAAAUCGGCAGCCUUGAUCGCAUUCCCUGUCUUUGCGGCACCGCCGCCUGCAAAGGGUUCCUCAACUAA